AUGUCACGUGAUCCUGCAACCUGUUACUGGGACUCAAGUUUUGAUGAUGAACUGCUGGCCAACAAAGUUACCAUGAAUCUUCUUUAUGUUCAGGCUGUGAACGACAUUGAAAGGCGAUGGGUGAUAACAACAGAAGAGCAGCAAGAACAUCUAAAAUCAUUACAGCAAAAAGGAUCAAAACGAGAGUUCCUGCUUCUAGCGCGUACACUGAAGCACUAUGGGUACAUGCAGUUUCACCCGUGUGUGGCAGACUACCCGCAGGAUCAGUCCCAUGUGCUCAUCGCUGCUGGCAACAAGGAGCUCAGUUUUAGAGUGAAGCUGGCUCCAGACUCAGUCAAAGAGGGAUCAUUUAAGAUAACCCGAAUACGAUGUUGGAGGAUAACUACCACUGUGCCAGAAGGUGUUCGGCAGACGGACUCCACUCAGCUUGAACUGUCCUUUGAGUAUCUCAUGGCUAGGGACAGUCUGCAGUGGAUCACAAUCCAGUCUGAUCAGGCAAUACUAAUGUCCAUGUGCUUGCAAGGAAUGGUUGAAGAAUUGAUAAUGAAGAAACAAGGCAAGAAGAUGAAAAAGCCAUCCGAUCGGUCUAAGAAAGGCAAAAGAAGUUUCAAUAGAGAGAACAGCAUUGCAUCCACCUUGACACAGCAACCCAGUUCAGAGGCAGAGGAAAAUACGUCUUCCAAAGUACUGCUUUCCCACAAACCUGUUCCAAACCCUUUGAAGUUUUCGGACUUGAAGUCACUCAAAGGCAAAGGGAAUGACGCUGUUGGCAACAGUGCCUUUGACGCUGCCAUCGGCGAUGAUGACCUUUAGAUGAAAGGUCGGAAUUCAGUGUGCUUAGUGGUUCAUAUGAUGACGAGAAAUAAUACUUAAUGUUUGAAAUGCUACUUUAUAUUUGAAAUGCUGCAUAGUCUUCGAUAUGCUGCAUAAUGUUUGAAAUGCUAAUAAGUACUUGAAUUGCAACUUAAUAUUUGAAUUGCAACUUAAUAUUUGAAUUGCAACUUAAUAUUUGAAUUGCAACUUAAUAGUUGAAUUGCAACUUAAGAGUUGAAUUGCAACUUUAAAGUUGAAUUGCAAAUUAACUCUGAAACGUACUGUUGAUUCCAACUUAUUAUCUGAAUUGCAACUUAACUUUGAAACUUACUGUUUGAAUUGCAACUUUAUAUUAUUUGAAUUGCAAUUUAAUUUUUUAAUUGCAACUUAAUAUCUAAAUAACAACUUAAUAUGCCAAUUGCAAUUUAAUAAUUGCACUGCAACUUAAUAUUUGAAUUGCACCUCCAUUCUUAAAAUACUAUCGAACAUGCUACAUAAGAUUUGAAUUGAACGCUUUUAUUUACAAUUGUUGAAGAUAUGUCAGUUGUAUAGGGUUACUUCAGAGUUACAUUCAACAAUUGAAAUUCUAACAUAUUUUUGGUGUUUUCUAUAAAUGUUUAAAAGGACAUUUAAAUAUGCACUGAUGAUCAAAACCAUUGAUUUAAUAGAUAGUUUGUGUUCAUUGCCCUGUUUUAAGAUAUUGGUUUGUAUUGAUUGGUUUCAUAUUGAGGGUUGAAAUGAUGAAAUGUUUGUUAUUAUGGCAAUGGUUAAAUUAAACAACUUCGGACAUGACUUAAAGUAAGCAUUAUGAAUUAUUAACGUAUAAAAUGGGUUGUGUUAUGAAAUAAUAUAGAAUAAGCCAUUCACAGUCGUCUUUACAAUGUGUUCACAUUUAACAUUUGAAUUUGUGUACCAAUCAUUGAAUGGCAGUUUUCGGUACAAUAUUUGAAUAUUUUUAUUUAUGACAAAGAGUUCGUAGUGUUUAAUACACAAAAUACAUUUUUCAAGGUUGUGUGUGUUCUCUUGCCAUGGACUACUUUCAUUUGAUUGUGAUACAAAGUGAUUUGGAUACAGUUAAGCUGGGUUGAUUCCAAAUGAAGUGGAUUGUUCUUUGCCACAAACAAAUAUGAAACUGACUUUUCAUGGAAAAGAAGUAGAAAUGUUUUGUUGUAUUAAACAACGUGUUCUGAUUUGUUUUCUUCUAAAAUAGAUGAACUCGCUCUUUUCUAAGAGAAGGGCAGGUGGGGUUUAAUUGUAGAGAUUUUUAAUGUGUUUUUCUUUACGGAAAUGAAACAUGUGAUUUGCUGCUGAAUAUAUCCACCAGAAGUUGUUGUAAGAACGAAAUGUAAUUGUCAAUUAUUGAUCUAUAUUGUUAUAUUGAAAUGCUGAUAUUGUAGCUGUUAAUUAACAAACUUUAUCAGAGUUGUUUACAUUUGCCAAAAAUGUCAUUCAACUUUUCAUUAGAAAACUGUAUUAUUUGGAAUAUAUUUUGUCUUCACUGCGAUUUAAGCCCGGUACCAAUAGGAGUAAAAACUAAUAUACUACCUUUACAGCACUCAGGCUUUCUAAAUUGGCAGCAUAUUUAAAACGCCAUUUUAGUAAUACACUUUUGUGUGAGUAGUAUUAUGAAUGAAAAUCCUUACACUUGGUUUAUAACUGAAAAGAUUACAAAUGAUAAGUUUUUAUAAACAUGCCGAUAUUUUAAACAUUUUUCUUUCUUAAGAGUGCUAUUUUAAUUGUUUAUAUAUAGUGUUUACAUUCAUUUUUUUAUUAAAGUUAUUUUAACUGUGAACAAGUCCAUUAACUAUUGUUCGGAAUAUUUGUGUGACCAAUUUUUAUCAAAUGAAGAUGUUUGUACACAAAACAAUAACAGAGAGAUUAACGAACCUCUCAUAGGGCGUAUUGUUCUGUUCAUAGUAUUCACAGUAUUAUCAAUAUUGUUUAACAUAAAUAUGUCGAUGACAUGCAAACAUAAUGUUUGUUAAGUAAUUGCUUUGUUAAAUCGUUGUCAUUGUUCUUGUUCACAUAUGGGUAUAUAUUAUUUUGUUAUUUUAACGAAAACGCGUCAUUUCAGAUGACAUAUUCAAAACUCAUUUUUUUUUCAAAACAGUUUGCAGUCAUCAUAUUUGUUCCCUAUUUUUUGUACUGAAAGGAACAAACCUGAAAACAAUACAGACUUUGUUGAUUUCACCGUAAGAUUGUAAUUUAAUUAAAUAUUAUAUUUGCAUAUUUGUAAUGGUUAAAACUAUGUAAUUUUUAUUUAUCAAUGAAAUGAAAUACAAUUUGUCACUGAAAUCUUAAAUUGCAUGCUUUUGAUUGAAAAAUAAUCCAUAAUGGACGAUUGAACUUCCUUAUAUUUAACGUAAUUUACGUCAUAAAUAUGAUGUCAUAAGAACUUAGAAAAUCUUGCUUAUUUUUGUAAUGGAAACAUGUUUUUUUUAUCGGAUUUGUUGUCCAGAAUGCCAGUUUUUAAUAUUUGAAACUUACUAUUGUAAUCUAAUUAUAUCUCAGGUAAAAUCGCUGUAUUUAUUUAUUUUUAUAUAAAAAACACAAUUUCACACCUGAAUUAAUUACAAUCCAAUAUAUUGCAUUUUGCUUGGAUGUUUUUAAUUGCAUAUGUACUUGCGAUGUGUAGAGAGUUUGAUGUUAGCGAUAAUAAAUGUUUAUUUUUCAAUGAAGGCUAAAACAACAUAACUAUUAUUGGACUUUUUGGAUUGAUUUAAAGAUGAAUUGGCUUUGAAUGGAUGUAUUAAAAUGUUAACUAUGAUUCACCUUGUCUGUAUCAAAAUAAUAUGUUUUCCUUAUAUUUUUCAAAUCAAUGCAUUUUACUUAUUGUAUACAAAAGGGGUAAACACAUGUUUGUUUCAAAAAACUAAACCUACCAUAAAAUGAUAAUAAUAAUUAAAAAAUAAUCUAGAGGAAAAAGAAGAAAAAAUACUAUUAUUUUUAAGAUUGUUUUUAUUGUUAUUAUUAAAUAAAUAAAUUCAUUCACAAAAAGUCAUUAAUGAAUUAAACAGUUAUAUACUUCUACUACUACUACUACUUAUAAUAAUGUAAAUGAUAUCUACACAUGUAUGUACCUGAUGUUUUAAAUCUUGCAAGGUGAAACGAACAUAAAUCUACUCCAGAGUAUCCCUUUUGUGAAAAAAACAUGUGUUCAUAUUGUUUAUACCUAAACAGAGCUGAAUUGUAUAUGACUAUUUAGUAUCUUGUUAUAAAAUUUACGAAAUAUUUUAACGUUGUAAUAUUUGUAUCAUUCUGUUAUAUUUUGUGACAAAUUUUGAACUUUGAAUAUGGAACUAUUGACUCAGUUGAGCAUGUGCCAUAUUAUUGUCGUUUACAUUAACACAACUACGGUUGCAUUUUACAUACAUUAUUCAGAUACAGCUUUCAACAACGUAAUUUAUAAUAAUUUCGAAUAGUUGUGUUCAUAUAAUUAAUGGCUGAUGUUUAACUUGUAGGCAUAUUGAAUAUUCAGAGUUGGUGUAGUAAUGUUUUGAAAAAUUUUGAUAAGACUGUAUAUAGAAUAGCAUAUUUUGUGUUGAAUUCCAUAUUUACUCGUUGCCGCCUGUCCUGUCUCUUACUGUUAUUUUAUAAUUAUACUUUGUUGUAAAACAAUUAGUGACGAUAAUCUAGGAUGGAAUACGGAUAACCUAGAAUAAAAUAAAACUAACAAACUCGUAAUUGCAUCGUUUUCAUGUAAAAAAAGUCGUUUAUUGUUGGCAUUAUUCUAACAUUUAUAUAUAUCCUUAUAUACACAUACAUUUGUCACAAAUUAAAUCAUAGUAACAUUUUUCACCAGGUUUAUAGCUGUUAAAAUAUUUACUUGAAGUGAAAAUACAUUUUUUAUUCAUUAUUAUUCCUAUAUUAUUUUUCAGAGUAUUCAUUUUGGAUGUACAUUUUUGUGAUUUGUUGAUAAACGCGUUUUUCUAAAUCGAUUAUGUUUACAACGUUUAUCCAUGAAUGCACUUUGACAUUCCAGAAUCCGUGUUUGCAGCGUGUUUAUAUUUUUUUCGUUGGAGAUUGAGAUUCCCAUGAACAAACUACAUGUUUUGUGAUUAAUAUCUAAUGAUUCGAUUUUGAAUAGCCGAGCGCUAGGUAAAACUAACAUAAAACAUGCGAAUCAACACUCAACCUAUUGAGUGGGUUUCAAGCAAGUAUUGCAGUUGAAAGCAUACUACAUGUAUUGCAUUGCACUCAAAGACGAAUCAGCCUCCAAUUGGCCAUGUGUUAUGUCAAGCAAUAUUGGCCAUGUGUUAUGUCAAGCAAUAUUGGCCAUGUGUUAUGUCAAGCAAUAUUGGCCAUGUGUUAUGCCAACCAACAUUGGCCAUGUGUUAUGCCAACCAACAUUGGUCAUGUGCUAUGCUAACCAACAUUUGUCAUGUGUUAUGCCAACCCAAUCGCUGAACUAGAAAACUAAAUAUUCAUUCUCAACUUAUAGAUUUAUUUACGAUAUAACCGUGUACUGUUGAUUUUCUUUGAUUAUGCUUACUCAUAUAAAUCAUAAAUAUUAUAAAAAUGGAAUUAUGUGAAUAUAUUGUUGUUUAGCUAUAUAUUUUUAAGCCUGUUUAUCAUUGUUACUUAAGGAAAACAAACGAUUGUGUAAGGUCAAAGUAUUCGUUUUUGGCCAGAUACUAAAUUCUUCGCGAAAUAUAGCAGAUAUAAGUCGAGCAUGAAACCUAAACACAUACUUGCUUCAACAUACGUCUUCGUAUAUUUUAAUUCUAUUAAAACAAUUUAUGUCAGUGUAGUUAUUUCUUUUUAUCAAUUGCUUAUACCUGUGCCACAACAUUCAUAAGCCUUAUAGUUACAUAUUUAAUUUGUUCAUCACUUUGUCCAAGGCUAUUUUUCAUAUUAUUUGUAUAUAAAUAUUAUUAUUUAGAGAUAACCAGUGCAUAGUUGACUUUAGAGUUUUAGUUUCCGUAAUCACAUGUUAAGUUACAUAAUUGUAGUGGAGUUAAGUUUGUCGAUUGAACAAGACCUUUGUUAGUCUAUAGAUUUGCUGUUUUGUUAGUCGUGUAAAGGUUGUUUGUGGCUGUUUUGCUGUAACUAUGAGAACAUGUGCCAAAUAAUGCAAUAAAUCAAACAAGAAGAAUA